CAAAGACAAUACACCACUCUCUCGGGCAGCUGAAAAAGGGCAUGAAGGGAUUGUGAAGCUGUUACUAGACCGGAAAGGCGUUGACCCCAAUCGGCCAGAUCAGAAUGAUCGAACACCACUCAGGUAUGCUGCUGUCGAGGGACAUGAAGUAGUGGUUAAGCUACUGCUUGAACUGGAACAUGUCGACCCCAAUCAUCCAGAUAGGAACGGCUUCACACCACUCGGGUGGGCUGCCAACGAGGGACAUGAGGGAGUGGUGAAACUCCUCCUGGGGCGGGAAGAUGCGGAGCCCGACAGACCAGAUAACAAUGGCAAUACGCCACUCUCGUGGGCAGCUGAAAAUGGGCAUGAAGGAGUUGUGAUGCUGUUACUAGACCGCAAAGGUGUUGACCCCAAUCGGCUAGACGAGAAUGGCCAAACACCACUCGAGUGCGCUGGUAGAAAGGGACAUGAAGGAGUGAUCAGGCUACUGCUGGAACAGGAAAAUAUCGACCCCAAUCAUCCAAGUACGAAUACCUCAACACCACACUAGUGUGCUCUCAUCGAUCGACAUGAAGGAGUGUUGCAACCGCCACUGGAGUGGGAAGAUGUCGGCCCUAAUCCUCCUGGUGUCAAUAACCGAGCACCACUCAGAUGGGCUAGCAUCAUGGGACAUGAAAGAGUGGUAAACCCAUGACCAGCCGGACAUCAGUGGAAUUCGCGGAUGAGCGGCAGUCUCACCAGCCGUGAAAUCGCAAAGACGGAUCGGAAGCACAGGGAGCUCAUCCGACCACGCUCAAAUCACCCUGGUAUUCCCUUUUCAGCGCCGGCCUUGCUCUGCCUCUGGGCUCCUAGUAUAUUGUGUUGCAGGAAUCACCACUAUCCCUUUUUCCUCCCUUGUGUCCAUCAUGUCGUCCCACAACAUAACCACGAAAUUCUCCCCGAUUGCUAUUGGCGAAAAUCUCACUUGUAUGUAGAUAUAUACCCCUCUGAAACCUCUGGAUAUUUGCUAACCUUUUCAAAUGAAUGCGUACGAGUUUUAGUUCCUUGUGCCCAGCCUGUAGCAGCUUCAAGACUUUUAUUUGCUCACUCGUUCCAUUUACGUUGAUCAUCAUUCCCUCAUCGAAUACAUUCCUUAUCACAAAAUAUUUUUUCUUCUUUCAUUUUUCUUUCAUGUAUCUACUGCCCCCAUUUUUUCCCCUACUCGCGAUAGAUAGAUAGCUGGAUAGAUAUAUACACUACCCAUAGAC